UCUGAUUUCAGGGGACGCCUCGAAGAACGAAAACCCUCCCAAAUCGAGAUCGCGAUCGAGAUCGAAACCCUAAAUUGCUCGAUUUCUUGGGGUUUGGAAAUCCAUGGUGGCGUCUGCAAUGGCGGACGGGAGGAGGACCGGCGAGCGACGGUGUUGAUGAAGUGCAAGCGCCACCCAUUUGAGGGUGGCGUUGGGGUCUGCGCGUCUUGUCUCCGUGAGCGCCUCCUCGAGCUCGCAGCCGCCCAGAACGCUAUCUCUCUCCCACCGCCGCUGCCACCACCGCCACCGCCACCGCCUCCACUUGAUUUCCCGCGCUCGGUGUCGCCAUACCUCUCUCGCCGCCGAUGCCUGAACCCCGACGAAUCCCGUCACUUCCCUCGCUUCUACAGCACCCCACAGUGCGGCGGCGUCGCACCGAAGAGGUUCUCUAUAUUCUCUGCCUUAUUUGGAAAUCAUAGAUCUGGAGCCAUCGAGCCUGAGCUUGAGUAUGCCAAGGGGUCGAAGACCGGGUCCUGGUUCUCGGCCUUCAUCCGUGGACGCCGGAGAAAGGAUCGCGAUCCCCCGUUAGAAUCCCGAGAAUCAUGGCACCCCGGCACCCGUGGCAUGUCUCCGGCGAGGUUCGCUUACUACGACAAUGAUCCCGAGCCCGAGUCUUCAAGCGGCGAUGAUGCGGAAUGGCGGAUGCCGGCGCCGACACCGGCGAGGAAGUUCCCUGCUGGAGGUCGCCAUCGCGCAGGAUCCAUGACGGGGUUCUCAGUGUGCUUAAGCCCUCUCGUUUGGGCAAGCCCUAACCGCCGGCGAUUCCCGGCGGCGGAGGGGUGCUCCGCCUCCGGCGAGGGUCGUUCUUACAGUCGACACGUGUCCGGCGUAUCUCUGGGGCACAAUCGCUCGCGGAAGCUGGCGGAUCUUGGUAGGUUUCAAUGACGCUUUUGCCCUCGCUUUCUCUUCUUUUUUACACCUCUCCUUUUGUUUUUGGGAUUUUCUAGAAAAAAAAAAAUCGAAGAAAAGGGUUUUUUUCUUUGUUUUUUUUUUAUUUUUAAUAAUAUUUUAUUAGUUUAGCGGGUCGGAAUUUGUACAGAAAUCCAAGUAUUUUUAAAUGGUGUGAAAAAUUACUUGAUCGCCCCCUGAGGGUAAUUUAGUCAUUUAAGUGCAAGGCGUUGGGUUAUUGUUGGUAUUAUAUAUUUUUGACACGUGGACUUUAACAAAUGGAUUUUCUUUCACAUCUUGGUCUCCGAUUAAGUGUGAAUUUAGGUAUAUAGAGCUUGAUCUACGAAUUGAGUUUCUAAUAAAUAACUUGAACAUACCUUAAUUGAAUAUAUAUAUAUAUAUCCAUUAACCUUGAAUUUCUUUUUUAUUGAUUAAUAAUGGAUUUUGUCUAGCUUGGAAUAGUGAAUUUUUAAUUUUUUACUGAGAAAAAUUUUUAUCUGUAACAUUGUUUUUAUUUAAUCAUAUAUUGCCUAAAAUGAUCAUAUUGGUAUAUUUUAAUUAAUUGC